GCAACAAUUCAAUUUUUUUUCUUACAGAUGCAUAUGAAACGGCUAAGAUGCUCUGUGAACAGUAUUACCUGGUAGCUCCAGAGCUGGAAGUGGAAGAAUUCAAUGCCAAAGCACCAAACAAACCUAUUCAAGUAGUUUAUGUGCCGUCACAUCUGUUUCACAUGCUGUUUGAACUGUUCAAGAACUCGAUGAGAGCAACAUUUGAACUACAUGAAAAUAGAAAAGAGGGCUACCCUGCUGUUAAAACUCUCGUUACUCUGGGUAAAGAAGACUUGUCCAUUAAGAUAAGUGACCUAGGUGGUGGAGUCCCACUUCGAAAAAUAGACCGUCUUUUUAACUACAUGUAUUCCACUGCUCCUCGACCCAGCCUGGAGCCUACAAGAGCUGCUCCCUUGGCUGGAUUUGGUUAUGGCUUGCCAAUUUCUCGGCUGUAUGCCAGAUAUUUUCAGGGAGAUCUAAAACUGUAUUCCAUGGAAGGAGUGGGUACCGAUGCUGUCAUUUAUCUGAAGGCCCUUUCCAGUGAAUCAUUUGAGAGGCUGCCGGUUUUCAAUAAGUCUGCAUGGCGCCAUUAUAAGACAACUCCUGAAGCUGAUGACUGGAGCAAUCCCAGCAGCGAGCCAAGGGAUGCAUCAAAAUACAAGGCUAAGCAGGACAAUAUCAAGACUAAUAGAAUUUUAUAGAAAACCGGAUGCUGUGGUCGUCACUGAAGAAAGAUUAUCUUCUUCUGCAAGUUAACCAGAGACCCUUAUUGUAUCAACUCUUAACUGCGGCACUAUUGUUAUUCCCAAUGCUUGAAUAUGUUGCUUCCUUUAUAUUGGCUCAGUGUUUCCAUGGGGCCCUUCCUGUAGUUAAUCCACUCAUAUCUUCCACUAAAGUUGUAACCUGA